AUGGCGACCGCUGGAGAACACAAUAACAUCGAAGAAGUGACUACUUCUUACCCGGACGCUGAGAAACCUGAGGACAUGCAGAUUGAGCACGAUGCGGAACUCGGUCCUAUCGCGCCUGCCAUUGACCCAGUUAUCGAGAAGCGUGUCGUUCGGAAACUGGAUCGUCGACUUCCUGUGCUUACAGGAUUUAUGUUUUUGCUAUCGUAUUUAGAUCGCAGCAAUAUCGGCAAUGCCCAAAUUGCCGGAAUGAAGAAGGAUUUACAUCUAGAUGGCGGGAAAUACGCGUGGCUUCUGACCAUUUUCUAUAUUUCCUACACCCUGUUUGAGUUUCAAGCUUUGAUGUGGAAAGUCCUCAAACCGCACCAAUGGGCUGCAUUUACCAUGCUCGCAUGGGGAGUCAUCGCAACAUGCCAAUCAGCAACCACAAGUUGGGGCGGAAUGAUGGCCUGCCGAUUCCUCCUAGGAGCAGCAGAAGCCGGCUUUGGGCCUGGUAUUCCCUAUUUACUUUCCUUUUUCUACAGUCGCCGCGAACUUGGUUUCCGAUGCGGUCUUUUCCUUUCUUGCGCCCCUCUCGCGGCGACAUUUGCCGGUGCUUUGGCGUAUGGAAUUACAUCGGGACAUCCGCAUAUCGCGAACUGGAGGCUUUUGUUUUUGGUUGAAGGUCUCCCGACUAUACUCUUUGUGCCUUUUGCGUAUUUCUUAUUACCGGAUUCACCUGGAGAAGCCAAGUUUCUUACAGAGGAAGAGAGGGCUGUUGCCAAAGCGAGAAGUUUGAGACGGAGCGGCGAGGAGGUCACGACUCAUAAGAUUGAUUGGAAGGAUAUCGGACUCACUUUGCUCGAUCCUAAACCUUGGUUUACAGCUCUCAUGUACUUCAGCUGCAACGUGAGCUACUCGUCUCUACCUGUCUUCCUCCCCACCAUCCUCGAAGACAUGGGCUACUCGUCCGUCAACGCGCAGGGUCUCGAAGCCCCACCAUUCUUCCUAGCGUUCCUUGUCACCAUCUUCUCAACCUGGGUUGCAGACCGACUGGAACAGAGGGGUCUCGUGAUUGCGGUCCUGUCAACAAUCGGUGCAGUGGGAUACGUGAUUGUGGCUGCAGCCGAACCUGUUGGUGUACGCUAUUUCGGCGUGUUCCUUGCUGCUAGUGGAGUCUUUCCUGCCAUCGGUAAUAUUCUGUCUUGGGUUUUGAACAACCAAGGCUCAGAUACCCGCCGCGGCAUGGCAAUGGUCAUGCUCAACCUCAUCGGCCAAUGCGGUCCGUUCCUAGGCACAAACUCCUUCCCUUCAACGGAUUCGCCCCGUUAUGCGCGCGGAUUAUGGAUCUGUGCUGCAUUCAUGUUUUUCAAUUUGUUCCUAUGUCUGUGUCUGCGGACUUUGCUGGCGUAUGAGAAUCAGAAGUUGGAUAGGCAGUACGGUACUAAACAGGAGCGUCAGGCGAACCAGAAGGCGGACUUUGUCGUGGCGGAGGAGAAUUAUGGAGAGGAUUUCAGGUAUAUGCUCUAG